AUGCUUUCGCGCGCCCGUUGUGGAGACUUGAGAGCAUUUAGUGCGCGGAAAAUCCAGUGUCGAUAUUACAGCGACGAAAUUUCGCGUCCAUCUCAGCAUGGGAUAGAUAGCAAGCCGGCCCACGGCCGGGAGAGCGAUGAACGAUCUCCCAAAGAAAAAGCGCACACCUUCCAUCAAAGUAGGCGAGUAUUCUCUGGGAUCCAGCCUACCGGAGUGCCACAUCUAGGGAACUAUCUCGGUGCACUUCGUCAGUGGAAAUUCCUCCAUGACAGUUCGGCAAAUGCAGCUUUGCUAAGCAAUGCAAAGCCGGAGCAAUACUUCUCUGUGGUGGACCUGCAUGCUUUGACAUCGACUGAUAUUCCUGGCCCGGAGCGGUGGCGGCUCAGGAAAGAAUCAUAUGCUUCUUUGAUGGCGAUUGGGCUGAAAAACAGUCUUCAAACGACCCUGUUCUUCCAAUCAGAUGUGAUGUAUCAUGCGGAAUUGAUGUGGAUAUUAAGCACCAUUGCAUCGACAGGUUAUUUGUCCAGAAUGACUCAAUGGAAGAGCAAGUUGAAUCUACCUGAAAACGCCGAUAUUGAUAGCGACGAAGCCACAGCAAAGCUGAAGCUUGGACUGUUCUCAUACCCCGUCCUCCAGGCAGCAGAUAUUUUGCUAUACCAAGCGACAUUAGUACCUGUCGGUGAAGACCAGCUACAGCAUAUCGAAUUUGCACGAUCCUUGGCUAGAAGCUUCAACUCUCAUCUCAGGCAAACAGCAGAAAGCCCAAAUUUAUUCAGAGUGCCCAGGCCGGCCCUAUCCCCUGCACGACGCAUCAUGUCGCUGAAGCGCCCGACGCAGAAAAUGUCCAAGUCGGACGCGGAUCCGAAAUCGCGGAUCCUCAUUACUGACACGCGCGAAGAGAUCCAUGCCAAGGUCAAGGGCGCUAUAACCGACUCAGAACCUGGGAUAUCGUUCGACCCCGAGAAGCGGCCCGGUGUCUCCAAUUUGAUCGAGAUACUCCGGACUGUGACUUCAAUCAGUGACUCGGCAGAAAAAAUCGCGAAAGAUCUCGAGCAUAUGACAAUGCGCGCUUUCAAGGAGAUGGUAGCCGACAACGUCUCCGAGUGCUUGAGGGGUAUUCGUGAAAGUUUCCUGGAUCUGAUGGAACCGACGAACCAUACUUUGAACGACGAGGUCCGGGAAGGAGCAAGAAAAGCCCACGCGAGAGCUUCAUGGACCAUGAAGAAUGUGAGGAACUCUCUAGGACUACAGACGCUCAAGAUCCCGUCCGGAGAGGCAGAACCCGAAAACGCGAACGACGCGGGAGAAGACGACGCUCACGAUCCACAGACCGAUGUCCAUGAGGUCAAGAUACGAUACUGCAAGAGCGAAACAGCAGGUGCUAUCCAGGAAGCUUUAGCAGGGCUCAGCAAGCAGUCCUUUCCAGCAUCAGAGCCUGAAAAUUCGGCAAAGUCGAGAUCUUGA